CUAUCAAUGAUGUAUCCAGUAAUUAGGGCACGAAGUGCAUAUGUUGAUAUGCAUAACAUUGAAUACUAGGCAUUGAAUGAAUGUGCGUUGAUACGAAUGCAUUAUUCGUUAGAGUUCCCCAUCUCAGCCAUGCCGAGCUCGUGAGAAAUGUCGCGCAAUCCUGGCUCGCUCCUGUCCCGUUCUUGUUGGAAAGCCUGGCCAGGACUCUCUUUAGUCUUUCUCUCCUCAGCCCGCGUAACGGCUCAGUGCAUAUGCAAGUUAUACCUAUGGAUGAGCGAUGUCGCGGUUAAAUGGCGUCUCAGCAACAAUCACCAGGAGGAGGGUCUGGUGGUGGCGGCGGCGAGAGCGCGAACGCGACCGGCACCUACAAACGUGCGAGUCGGAAGGGCGCGCCGCGGAGGUUUUCGUGCAACUGGCCCGGAUGCGACAAGGUGUACUCGAGGGCGGAACAUCUUCAAAGACAUCAAUUGAAUCAUGAUCCCAAGACCAUCUACACCUGCGAUGUGCCUGACUGCACCCAAACCUUUGUGAGGCCUGACCUACUAGCACGCCACAAGAAACGUCAUUCAGCCUCAUAUAUCCCGAGGAAUCGUACCAGCAGCUUUAGCAUACCUGCUAAGGAGACGGUGCAAGACAUUCCUGUGAUGCCCUCGCCCAAUAUCGCUGCGAAUACUGCUGUGCCACCGCGACCAGCAACAUUUCCUCAGCAGCCCGCGAGUGCUCCCCGUAAUGCUGCUGUGCUCUUGGCUUCUGACACUCCCGUCCAACCACAGCCUCCACCGUUGCCUCCUCCCAUGGCCCCUACCCAACCGAGCCCGCUUCCUCAUAGCGUCUCUUGGACUUCUUCGAUGGAUGGCAUCAACCUAAUUCGCCAAAAGCCCAGCUUUUAUAGUCGCGAACAGCCUCCUAUGCCUGAUCAUUCCACAUUUGUGCCUUAUCACAGCGUCUCUUUGCCUACUGAUCCCAACGAACUGGGGGUUCGUGAGAACUUUGGCGUUUGGCUCUUUGACCCCCGUGACCCCCAACAAGCGUAUAGAGACAUCAGCUUUACUAACAUCCCGUUCCUCGAAGGUGGCCUUGAAUCACCAUUUAAUAAUAAUAUUCAUUACGAUCAUGAGUCUCUCACUAGUCGGUCCCAACUUGAUCUUACGCCUCCACGACACCCCGAUUCGCCCGAAGAGUUGAUCUCCGAGCAUCGUCGUCAGGAAGUCCUUCGUUAUGUGCAAUUAUUCCAUCAAAAGCAGACUAGAUUCAACGCCAAGUUGGCUAACUUAAUGCGUGAAAUUGGCGAUGAUAUCCCAGGCCUGCAUUUGGACUUUUUACGAGAGUGCAUGCGUCACUAUUGGGACUUUGUAUCGCCGCGUUUGCCUAUCGUUCACCAACCCACUUUCUCCUCUGCUCAGUGUUCUAUCUGUCUCCUCAUGGUCAUGAUCGCCUCGGGUGCUGCCCAGAUCUAUAGUCGUGAAACUACGCGGGAGCUACUAGAGUACAAGGAAUUCGCUGAUCUAAUCAUCUCGAAUGUUCGUUUCGAAGUCCUGACCGCCGAUGAAGCCUCCCCUCCGGUGGAACUUUGGGUCGCUCAAGCCUUGCUCUUAUUAGAGUUCUACGAAAAGAUGUAUUCGUCUAGAAAUUUGCAUGAGAGGGCUCAUGUCUAUCAUUCCGUGACCCUAACUUUGCUUAGACGAGGAAGCCCCUUAAUUGGAGGCGCGGGGUCAGAAUCGCCGUCUGAUGAACAAAACGGAUCAGAACAUCCGGCAACAUCAGAUGCUAGGACGUGGUGGGUAAAGUGGGCUAGGACAGAAUCGAUGCAUAGGGUCGUAUUCGCUGCGUUCAUGAUGGACAUUAUCCACGCUGCCAUGUUUGGGCAUGCGGCUGAUAUGGCUCCUCACGAAAUACGUCUACCCUUACCUUGCGACGAAUCUUUAUGGUCCGCGUCGAGCCCAGAGACGGUUCGACACCACGACUCCAACUUUAGAUUAUAUGGUGUCAAGCCUGUCUCCUUUUUAGAUGGCCUAAAGCGGGCUAUCCAUGGAAAGGAGGUACAGACACAUGCUUUUGGUCGCAUGAUCAUUAUGUGCGGCCUUUUAAGUGUUGGCUGGCAUCUUAGACAUCGCGAUACGCACCUCAAAUGGUUAGAGCUAGGAGCAGGUGCCUCUGAUACGCGAGAUAAAUGGUGUAGCAUGUUGCUUAAAGCCUUUGACCAUUGGAAGACCAGCUUUGAUAGCGCCAUCGGCUCCACCGACUCAGAAUCGGACAGUCCAGGACCCCAGUCGCAUUCGAACGGUCUCAUUCAAAGCGCAUCGGUCCUCUAUCAUCUUGCUCAUAUUAGCUUGUACAUCGAUAUUAUCGAUUGUCAAGUAUAUGCUGGUGCAAAACGAUUGCUUGGGCGCAAGGUUUCCACCCGUGAUUAUAGCAACGUUGUGAAGAGAAUGUCGUUAUGGUCAAAUCAGCUUCCAACGCGCCAUGCAAUUCUCCACGCCUUCAGACUUCUUCAUCGCAUUCUUUUGGAUCCUCGACAAAGGAGGAACAACGGAUACGUCAAUAAUGGUGUUGAUGCAUAUGGAAUACAAUAUUCGUGUCGGCGAGAUCUGGAUCCCCAUCGACCAUGGAUCAUGUAUUAUGCAACACUGAGCAUCUGGUCUUAUGUGCGAGCACUCACCCAGUUGAGUGGCCAGUCCAACACGCUCCGCCCAUUUCCACAACAGCUACAACAUAACACGACAAACGCUUUCGAUUACUUAUCCAAGGUCACAAAUUUAUCGGAGCUUGACGACACUAGAUCUCCGACAAGUCUUCUAGACGGGUUGCCCAACCUGCUUGACACGGUUGGUGCUCUUACAUCUGAGUCACCCUCAGAAUUACUCAAAGAAGCUUGUGGUCGACUCGACACGUGCAAGCAGAUGCUCUACCAUGGUGAGGCUUGAAUAAAAAGCCUGCUUUCGUGAUGACUUUGUUUUAUCCAGCGAGUAGCAUGGUAUAAAGAGAGUAGAAGAAAUACAUCUUUGAACUAUAUCAUACAUACCUACCUAGCUAGCGGGACGUCAUUUAUUACUUACGAGGAUUACGCUGAUGCUGGAUCGAUCAUGAGAGAAUUCUUUUACUUCAGAGAAUCAAAAUAUAAUGAUACCAUUUAUAUAGAAGACGAGGCCUA